GUUCACGCGACCCAUAAUUUAUAUUUCAUGACUUGGCCUCGACUCAAACACGUCGAUGCCUCCUCUCCACUGGAGGUCGGCAUAGCGCCAAUCUCGUUCAGUGUGCACGCCGGCGCAACAUGGCAUGGGCGGCAAGGCCACUGCCCUCCAAGGUCACAAAUCAAAUCGCCAUGGACAUGAUGCUGCGGGAGUCGCUUCAUCCCAUCAUGGAACCCUCCUACUUCCAUGCCGUCGCCUCCAAGACAGUGCCUCGCGGGGGCGGCGAAGGGGCAGCGGUCAGCCAGGGGCGGGUUCCAGGCAGCCUGUGCCCAGCCUGUGCCUCCGAACGCUCCAUGCUCUCCAGCCAAAUAAGGGCACCCAUUUCCAAUGGGCACGGCUUGGCUGCUUCCCCAGCGCCGCUUGGCGUCAUUUUCGUCCACAAGCGUCUUGGCUUUUCUUGGGUUUCCCAUCUGCCUGUCCAUCAUAUUCCGCACAACUCCUCCGGAUUGACCUUGUCUUUCCCUUUGCCAUGAUUGAGCAUCCACGACUCUGUUUUCGCUCCGCCUCGCCCUUCGUUUCGAGCGAAAGAAGGCCCAGGUCUGCCAUCCACCGAUGCGUGCCGCCGCGGCCCAGCCCAACUGCCAGAUUUGUCCGUAGCUCCCGCAAGACUGCCCUUGACGGAGCACCGGACUACGACCCGAGCCUGUUAGGCCGCCCGCCCGCCAGCCCGCAGCCUGUGGCCUGGAGACGUCAUCACCUCACUUGGCUGUCCACGCGCCUCCAACGUGUCGCAUCGCAGCAACCGCGACAGCCCGCGGCGCCGGGCGCCUGUGGGCGAACACUCUUUAGGCCGGGAAAAGUAAUCAAUCGCGCAAGACGAGGAAGGGAGAACAAGAAAAUAGAGAGCAAUCCCGGUUGACGACAGCAGAAAAAAAAAAGAAAAAAGGAAAACGCUGCUGCCACUUUGGGGAGAAGGAACCAAAAAUGAGGGUAUCGCUGGCCGUUGUCUCUGGGUCGCUGCUUGUCGCAGUCUCGCAGGCCGUUGAGGGCGUGGUCCAGUUCGACAUUGAGAGGCGACAACUGGAACCCCAUCCGAGGCUAGACAGGAGGGCACCAGCGGACACUUUCGAGGAGGUCAUCACCAACGACAGGUCAAGAGGCGGCUACUUCUUGACAUGCACCGUUGGCAACCCUCCCCAGAACCUGACCCUGCAGCUGGACACCGGCAGUAGCGACAUAUGGGUGCCUGCUACGUCCGCUUGUAAACCAUCGGCCAAGAAACCCAAUGGCUGCAGUCUGGGCUCCUUUACCCCGUCAGACUCGAAAGGGUUCAAGACGGUUGGCAAGGACAGGUUCAGCAUACAGUACCUAGACGGGACCCACUCAAAAGGAGAUUACUUCACCGACCGCUUCGCCAUCGGCUCGGCUACGGUGGCCAACCUCACCAUGGGGUUAGGCCUGGCUGGCGACAUCCCGUACGGCCUGGCUGGCAUAGGCUACCCCCUAAACGAGGCCAUCGUGACGACCAACUCCUCGUCCAGCCCAUAUCCGAACCUCCCCGCCACCAUGUUGGACGACGGCAUGAUACGGACCAACGCGUACAGCCUGUGGCUUAACGAUCUGCAGUCGUCGACCGGGAACAUACUGUUUGGGGGCAUCGACACGGAGAAGUACAAGGGGAACCUGACACGCAUCAAGAUCUACGAGGACGGCAAGUCAGGCAACUACACAUCCUUCCUUGUCGCUCUGACCUCACUAGAGGCACACAGCAACAGCGGCAAGGACGUUCUGACCUCCAAGACCUUCCCCAUCCCUGUUGUCCUGGACUCGGGCACGACGCUCUCGUACCUGCCACAGGACCUGGCCCAACAGACCUGGAGGGAGACGGGCGCGGUCUGGUCUGACGACAUGGGACUUGCCAUGAUUCCGUGCUCGAUGCAGAAGAGCAAGGGCAUAUUCGAGUUCUGGUUUGCGGGUCCCAACGGUCCGAGGAUCCAAGUGCAGAUGGACGAGCUCGUGCUGGAGAUGACCGAGGGCCUCAAGUUCACCGCGGGCGUCUACAAGGGCCAGAAGGCGUGUACGUUUGGGAUGCAAAACUUCACGGGCGACCCGUUCAUCCUGGGCGACACGUUCCUGCGGUCCGCAUACGUCGUCUACGACCUCGUGAACAACGAGGUCGGCAUCGCGCCCACCGACUUCAACUCGACCAGCUCCAACAUUAUCCCCUUCCCGAGCAGCGGCGCCCCGAUCCCAUCGGCGACCGUGGCCCCCAAUCAGGAGCAGGCUACCGUCAAGCCUCUCGUGACAUCCCCGGCCUUUGUCGCCCAGAUGGGCUUCUACGAAGGCGUGAGCAGGUCGGCAGCGCCGCCCAAGAUGUUGGGCCUUGGGUUGCCCCUUUUAGCGGCCGGCGCUGCCCUGACCUUUAGCAUGGCCUGGUGAUGGACCAGCCUGUUCCGACGCCCUGUCAUGUCACGUCCACCGGUGUCGGUCUAUUUGCAUUGCCCAAUGGAGUCUUGGCGUUGGCUUCCGAUUUUUUUGCUUCUACUCUGCUUUCCAUCACAGAUAUCUAUACCCAAAAUAAUGGAGCUUUCUUUUCUUUUCAACGAGUGUUAUAUUACGAAAGUCACGAUAGGAGUGCCAUAUAGGUGGAUUCUCCAACGAGAGUACGGGCCUGUUUUUUCUUCUUUUAGAUUCGGAGGCAAACAUAUCCGCUUUAUUUGGCCCAUGACUCGCAAUGCUGCCCGUUCUAUCUUAUCGGUACCUUGCAGAGUAUCAAACUUGAUUGCGUUUUCGACAACCUGUGAUAUUCGGGGUUGAUAGCGAUGCAUAGGCAAUGUUCAUCAGGUGUCAUCUAUCACACAUGUGGUCAAUAUUGAGUUGGUUGGAAUACAUGUGUUGCAUGGCCCUGGUGUUGGUGGC